UAAUGUUUCUUGAAAAGAAAAGAAAUGAAAGGACCCAAUUUUUGUGGCAAUAAACUUUAGAGUUUCCAUUUAACUAUUUCAAACAGCAAAAAACAUUUUUUAAAAUCGUAACAGCUAUAUCACUAUAACAACCCUCACUUUUGUGUUUUAAAAAAAAGAAAUUAGAAAAAAAAAAACUCACCUUCUCUGAUCAUCUCUUCUCUCUCUCUCUCUCUCUCUCUCUCUCUAUCUCUCUCAAUCAAUGCAGAGGCAGUCGCUGGGCUCACCGGUUUCCAAACUCCACAGCCAUGGAGUAGCGCUAGUACCAAAGGACGAUUCUACUCUAUUGUCACUACCAGAUAAUCAUCCUAAACGCAGCAAAGACGAAACUGACAGCACCGACGGCAAUAAUAACGAACGCCGCAAAUCAACUAAACCUCCUCCUUCUCGCCGAUUUUCCUCCUCUUCCAUUUCAGCAUUAUCAUCUUCAAAACCUGAAAAACUCGUUCACUUUAUACCGCUCCUUACUCUCCUUUGCUUUCUCGUUCUUUAUCUCGUCUCUCACACUCCUUCUCAAUCAGAUUUAGCUCAGUUCAAUGGAUUCAAGCAAUCCUCUAAGCACAUAGAUGAAAAUGAGAUUGGUGACGUUGAUAGAUUUGGUAGCGACAUAAGGAGAGGCGAUGCUUUAGCGAUUAGAAACUUAAUGAACUUGCAAGAGAUCGCCGACAAACGCGCCUCCUCGAAAUCUCGCAUAUACCACAGAAAGAUUGUCGCCGAUUUUUAAGCCGCAAUUUCGGGUUCUCUACUUCUAUUCUCUUCUCUCACAGUGCGUUACUGUUUUGCUGAAUUCUUUUUUCGCACUUUCUGUUGUACAUUUGCAUGUGAAUUUGUUCAUCGUUGAUUGUGAAACCAAAGAAAACCGAUACUAUCCAAUUCUGUUUCGUUA